AUGGAUCGAUACGCAACUCACGUGCACGAUAAACUAAUGAGUAUGUUCAAAAGGGCCAACGUAAAAUGCUACUUCGUGUUCAAAGGCGGUGACACGAACAUCAACAAGAAGAUUAAAAAAUUUGGUCGUUUUGCCUAUGAUCCAAAUGCUAAGUAUGAAUUUUUACGACCUAUCCUAUUAAGAGACACUAGUGUACAAAUAGUACACGACAUGGGCCUAGAACACGCAUUCUGUAUUACAGAAAGCAAAGAUGAUUGCGUUGCUUUAGCGACAAGAUUAGGAUGUCCUAUCAUCAGUAGCGAUAUAGAGUAUUGCUUCAAAUCAGCGCCUUACAUUCCGGAACCUACAUUGAAAUUUAACAGCAAGACAAAUACAAUUGAAUGUCGUAGAUACACACUGCAGAAAUUCCUCAAGAUACAUAAACUGACUAAAAACAAAUUGGUUAUAUUCGGUGUUCUGUCUGAUAGUAAUAUAUUUCCUGGUAACUUUUUUGACACUUUACUAGAGUCUUGGAAUGUUCUAGACGAAGAAUAUCACGUAAAAAAUCAACAGCUGAUCUCGUGGUUAUCGAAUCACGAAGAGCAAGAAAUCAGUCGUAGUAUUACAGAAUAUUUGACAAACGAAGAGGACAGAAGUAAAUUCUGGGAAAUACAUGGAUGUAUAUUAAGAAACAUGACGAAAACGGAAGGUGGUUUUGCGACUGAUUACCUAAUCAACUCCCAACUUGAUAUAGGCAUCAAAGACCCGGACUGGUUUGAGAAGGGGGUGGUUUGCGAAUACGUACCGAGUGCGUACGUGAACCUGUUUAAAUGGCAAGUUGUCCAAGGCUCGUGGUUCGACAGGGAAGACAACAAUAACGACAACACAGACAGUUUACUACUUUCAACUGAUAUUAUAAGAUACGCCUACAACCUUCUAACUAAUUACAAAAAGAGUACUUUAAAAGUGUACCAUGACAACGAAAAUUAUACAGAGAUAAGUACAGUUGAUCCGUGUCUACCGCGACCCAAUUACGAUUGCGAAGUAUCGGUGUUCGAAAAUGGCUGGGAAGAAAUAAACCGUUGGAAUCUAUUUCAGUAUUUCUUAGAAAAUAAGGGUAUAAAUAUUGGAAUGUUAUCGAAUCUUCCAGAAGACUGUGUCCUGCUGAUCAUAUCACUGGUGUAUUAUGGUCGUAGGAAAGAGGAUGCAUCGAAGGAGGCUAGAGCAAUUAUAAUGUGUUACGUAUUGUUGAACGGUCAUAGACUUGAUAACCUAGUGGACACUGGUCUGUUAGCAGAAGACGUGAGAGAAGCAAAUCGCGUUACUAAAAACUUUUUUGAGACUCGCCGUUUUGAAGCUGGGGAGAUUUAUGACGGUGACAAAAUGAAAAGUUUCGAUAUGUUUCAAUUCUGUUUGCAGCAAAUGAAUUAUUUGAAUAAGCUAUGCGGAUCUCCUUACAUGGAAACGUGUUACAGUAGGGUGUACAAUGGGACAUUUAUUUAUAAGAUGUUUACCGUUUUGGACCGUACGUCGUUACCCAGCGAUGUUUUUAUAAGCCAUUUGCUGAAAAGGGCCCCGUCAGUUUUAACGUUGAUCAAUAAACUGAUUAAAAGGUACGAAGCCCUACUCAUUACAGAUGCAUAA